CCAGAGAGUCUGCGACGAGUGGAACAGAUUGUGGGCAAGAAGUUGAAGGCCUUCUAUAAGGUGGACAUCUCUGACGAGAAGACAAUCGAUGGCAUCUUCGGUGCCAACAAAUUCGAUGCAGUCAUCCAUUUCGCAGCCCUCAAGGCUGUGGGAGAGUCGUGUCAAAUACCUCUGGCCUACUAUCGCAAUAACGUCGGCGGAACCGUCACUCUGCUCGACAUCAUGAAGAGGAAUGGCGUCAAGAAGUUUAUCUUCUCGUCUUCGGCCACAGUGUACGGCUCUGCAGACUAUCUGCCUAUCGAUGAAAGCCAUCCGACGGGCAGGAACUGCACGAACCCAUACGGAAAGACCAAAUACUUCAUCGAAGAAAUACUUAAAGAUCUCUGCGUUUCAGAGAAGGGAUGGUCUGUGGCUUCUUUGCGAUACUUUAAUCCCGUCGGCGCUCACGAGUCCGGAGAGAUCGGCGAAGAUCCGCACGGAGUGCCUAACAAUUUGAUGCCUUAUUUAUGUCAAGUGGCGGUUCGGCGCAGACCUUAUCUCAAUGUGUUUGGCAAUGACUUCAAGACCAGCGAUGGCACUGGUGUUCGCGAUUACAUCCAUAUUAUGGAUUUAGCGAAAGGACAUGUCAUGACUUUGGACACAAUGCUCGCAGAGAACUGGAACGGUUGGAAUGUCUUGAAUCUGGGCGCCGGUCGCGGCUAUUCUGUUCUCGAUGUGAUCUCAGCGUUUGAGGAGUCGACAGGAGUGAACAUUCCCUACAAAAUAGUUGACAGACGUUUGGGAGACAUCGAUGAGCUCUGGGCUGACGUCCAGAAGGCUAACGACAAACUCAAUUGGAAGGCAGAGCUAUCGUUGAAGGAUAUGUGCGCUCACAGCUGGAAAUGGCAGUCAAAGAAUCCGAUGGGCUAUCAGACCAGUGAAGUGGUUGCUGUCAAAAAUGGUGUCUCCAAUGGAAAUCAUUCCAAUGGUAAUGGUGUGAACGGAAGCAAUGGAAACAAUUUAAAGGCAAUUAAUGGCAAUAAGAAUUAA